AUGGCUGAUUCCCUUACUGAAGACCAGGUCGCCGAGUUCAAGGAGGCUUUCUCUCUCUUUGACAAGGAUGGUGAUGGCCAAAUCACGACCAAGGAGCUCGGCACUGUCAUGCGCUCCCUUGGCCAGAACCCUUCCGAGUCGGAGCUUCAGGAUAUGAUCAACGAGGUCGAUGCCGACAACAACGGCACCAUCGAUUUCCCUGAAUUUCUUACUAUGAUGGCCCGCAAGAUGAAGGAUACCGAUUCUGAGGAGGAAAUCAUGGAAGCCUUCAAGGUUUUCGACCGCGACAACAACGGCUUCAUUUCCGCUGCUGAGCUGCGACAUGUCAUGACUUCUAUCGGCGAGAAGCUUACCGAUGAUGAAGUUGACGAGAUGAUCCGCGAGGCUGAUCAGGACGGUGAUGGCCGCAUUGACUAUAACGAGUUUGUCCAGCUCAUGAUGCAAAAAUAA